UAAAAACCAUUCUCUAUAUUAAUUGCAACUCCUUAGAAUCAUAAAGGAGCAUAAAUAGUUUAAAAAGAGAGAGAGAGAGAGAGAGAAAUAUAAGUGAGAGGGGAAAAGAACAGUAGUGUUUUGGGCAUGGGGAAUUGCUUUGCCUCACCUGAGGAAAUGAAAACUAUGAGCCCAACAAAUACCACAUCUCCUAAUUCAGGGCCCUCGGCGUCGAACUCCUCCAGCGGCGCCGCCGCCACCACCUCCCCCUCCGCCGCCGCCGCGUCCAUCGCCGGCGCCGGAGCGGGGGCGGGGCACCCGAGCGGGCGGAUCCUGGAGGCGCCGAGCCUGCGGAUCUUCACGUUGGCGGAGCUGCGGAGCGCGACGAAGGGGUUCCGGAGCGACAACGUGCUCGGCGAGGGGGGCUUCGGGAGGGUCUACAAGGGCUCGGUGGAGGAGAAGGGCCAGGGCCCCGGCGCCGCGGGGGCGACGUCGGCGGCGUCGGCGUCGGCGUCGUCGGGGGCGGCGGUGGUGGCCAUCAAGAAGCUCAAAGCGGAGAGCGUGCAGGGGCUGCAGGAGUGGCAGUCUGAAAUAAACUUCCUGGGGAGGCUUUCACAUCCCAACCUGGUCAAACUGUUGGGUUAUUGCUUGGAGGAGAAAGAGCUUCUUCUCAUCUAUGAAUUUAUGCCGAAGGGGAGCUUAGAAAAUCACCUCUUUCGGAGAGGUGCAACUUUUGAGCCACUCUCAUGGAGCCUAAGGUUGAAGAUUGCAAUCGGGGCCGCACGUGGCCUCGCAUUCUUACAUACAUCGGAGAAGAAGAUCAUAUACAGGGACUUCAAGGCAUCCAAUAUCCUUCUUGACUCUAACUUCAAUCCGAAGCUCUCCGACUUUGGGCUAGCAAAGGCUGGGCCAACUGGUGGAGAUACACAUGUCAGCACACGUGUGAUGGGCACGUUCGGUUACGCAGCUCCGGAGUAUGUUGCGACCGGUCAUCUCUAUGUGAAGAGUGAUGUCUACGGCUUCGGAGUAGUCUUGCUCGAGAUGCUAUCCGGCCUGCGGGCGCUCGACACUAGUCGACCGCCGGAGCAACUCAACUUAGUGGAAUGGGCCAAGCCCUUCUUAAUGGACCAGCGAAAGUUGGCUCGACUGAUGGACCCGCGGCUCGAAGGGCAAUACCCAUCCAAAGGUGCCAUUCAGGCAGCUAAGCUAACCCUACGAUGUGUCGCCGUCGACCCGAAGAGCCGACCAUCGAUGAAGGAAGUAGUGGCGGUUCUCGAAAGUAUCGGUUCGAUGAAAAGCCGAUCGAUCAGGUCGAAAGGUACGUCCCCGCGGCCCGUGGCCCGCAUUCACGGCGGGUCGGGCCGCAGGGAUCAAGGAUUGGGCUCGGGCCGACAGGCCAAUUAUCAGUCUCCUCGAUUACGGUGAAAGUGGAA